CAGCGUCGUGUUGUGGACGACAGCGGCAAAACAUGACGGAGUAUAAGCUGGUGGUGGUGGGAGCUGGAGGCGUGGGCAAGAGUGCACUCACCAUCCAGCUCAUCCAGAACCACUUUGUGGAUGAAUAUGACCCUACUAUAGAGGACUCGUACCGGAAACAAGUGGUGAUCGACGGGGAGACGUGCCUGUUGGACAUCCUGGACACUGCCGGUCAGGAGGAGUACAGCGCCAUGAGGGACCAGUACAUGAGAACAGGAGAGGGCUUCCUCUGCGUUUUUGCAAUCAACAACACCAAGUCUUUUGAGGACAUCCACCAGUACAGAGAACAGAUCAAGCGCGUGAAGGACUCUGAUGACGUACCCAUGGUGCUUGUGGGAAACAAAUGUGACCUCCCGGCACGCACAGUAGACACGAGGCAAGCCCAGGAGCUUGCUCGCUCCUACGGCAUCCCUUACAUCGAGACCUCAGCUAAAACACGACAAGGGGUGGAGGAUGCCUUCUACACACUGGUGAGGGAAAUAAGACAGCACAAGCUGAGGAAGCUGAACCCGCCCAACGAGAGUGAUCAGGACUGUAUGAGCUGCAGGUGUGUGGUAUCGUGAUGCAGCUCUCCGUUAUACGUCGAGGAGAAAUGCUACAGCGCGACGUGGCAGCAUGAAGUCAAAAAAACUGAUGGAUAAAACAACUUAAAGAUGACACACGGACUUUUUCUAAAGGACAAUGACUGAGGUGAAAGCUCACAAGGAAACCCACAUGGCUGACUGAACCAUAGACUCUUAUGUAAAAGAGGAUUUUUUGGACUGGUGCCUGAGUGUCCACCUGAACUGGAUCAGUCCCGUUUCCUAAUUUCUUUCCCUUUUUUUUUUUUUUUUUUUUUUUUUUUUUUUGGUCUGCGUCGACCUGUGAGCGACACCACUAACGACUUGGAACAAGCUGGGUUGCUCCACGUUUCUCUCGCUAACUUAUUGUUUUCAGUCUCAACACUGGUUGCAAAGAGGGGGCCGUUUCUUACGGUCUCACCCUCUCGCCUUGAAACCUAACCCCCACCCUCCCUACAGAGCCUCUCUGGAAGUACUGACUGACUUUCAUUUUGGGAAAACAACUGGAAAGAACCUCAACGUUUUACUACCAUUGCAUAAACGAUCAACCUCCACCGUCCCCGCUCUACCUGCGCUGGGUUUCCUGGAGCGGCUCUGGCUUUUUGGACUCUUCUACUUGGGGGAGAAAAGCAAUUUUUGUUCAUACUAAACCGCUUAAAUCUUAAAAGAAAGGUGUGGAUUUUUGUUGUGAUUGGUAGAUUUAAAAAAAGCCACUGGAAGAGUGCUCAUUUCAUUUUCACUGACCCCCCAUCUUUGAAAUGGUAGAAGGUUCUUCUGGGCUAGAGCUAUUGAGAGGAGAUUGCUGAAAUAGGUUGAUUUCAGGGAUGCAGCCGCAUUCACUAUUUACAGAUGUCUCGUUGUGAAGUGUUUUUGCGAAAUAAUAAUUGUGACGGCUAGUGUACGUAACGUUCUGGUGCAAUAGGACUCCGCCCUCCAAACUACUCCGAGCGUUGGAAAUAAACCUUCUCCUUCUGACUUCUUCUCUUUUUUUUUGGGUCUGGUUUCACGAGGAAAGUGGACCGUAGCGCGUACGCCCGUUUACUCACGGAUUAUUCCUGUUUUUAGGCGGCAAGAUUCCGCUUCUUUAAAUCAUAAAGGCUCAGGAACCGAGGUCCAGGAAAGGGCUCACCUAACUUGCCCCUGGCAGCCAAAGUGAGGCGUGUCAGACGUUGGUGUUUGCAGACUGUUGUAGCGCACACAAGUCCUGCCUCAGAGUCGAACGUCAGGUUUUCUUUCCCACAAACACACACACACACACACACACACCGUUCUACCCUCAAGUUGUUCCUCUUUCCCUGACACCUACAGCUCUCCUAAAGGAGCGACAGCAAGUGAGGUGCUUACUGAGACCAUAUUUACUGUAAAUGUGGGACUAAUGUGUGCAACAAGUGAUGGAUGGUAGGUUCUAGGAGCGCGUUGCGUGGACUUUUUUUUUUUUUUUAACGCUUCUAGGCUUGGGCUCUCUGUAACUAAUUCAUUUGCUGCCUAAAUGAGACCGACGUGUUUAUUUUUGCCUUAUCUUUUUAUCUAGUCAUUACCUCACAUUUAGCAGCAAGCUGUACCGGAGGUGAUCUUUUGCUAUUUUCUUAAUGUUUGAUCUGAAAAUAUAUGAUUGUGUUUAAAAAGAAAAGUAAAUCACAAAAAAUAAAUAAAAAAAACACUACAGAUUAUUAUUUUGUGAUCUUCUCUAAAUGACAUAUUUCUGGAUUGGAUAUUUGCUGGUUAAACAAAAAAAAAACAGGACGUAAAAAUGUCAAGCGAGUGAAGAGCCUUGUGUAAAACGUGUUGCCAAAAUCAAAGUAAAAUGGAGCGAGUCCAAAAUCUCACAUUUAACGUUUAAAAAAAAGAAUAAAACAAAUGUGCCGCACUUGCAGGUUGUGAAAUUUGCUUCCCUUGUUGGAUCUUGGGCCUAUUUUCAGGUUUCAGUGAAUGAUUUCAAACGUUACUCGGCUGCGUUUUGAUCGUGUCUGCUCUUAGCUGAUUGUUGUACAGUCGAAACCGGAGAGGUUGACCAGUCUGGUUAUCGCGUGGACUCUGGUGGUCAGUUUGUUUUGCAUUACUUGUUCAUUUCUCCUCCGGGGAAGGGACAAAAACUGUGAAUGUGUUCUUUUAGAUUUAGUUUGAAAGACGCCUUGUGCUAAGAUUACGGAAAUGAUGUCGGGGAUCAUCUCUGACCCCACCUUGGGCUGUUGUUUUAUUUUGGGUUUUUUUUUUAAAAUGGAGUUUGUAACACACAGUUACAGUUGUAGUGAAAAGCCUUUCCUCCCUGUUUUUUUUUUUUUUUUAAUUCAGCAGUACACAUAUAAUCAUAGAAUCCCAUAAAUCUAUGCACAUAAACCCCCUGUCACAUGAAAAAAGCAGAAGCAUGUUGUUGCUAUACUCGGCCAGCAAAUCACCUACAUCCUGCAGACUUGUUUGAAGCCCCGUCUACGACUGUAUGGACCGCUGAGAGGGGACUUUUGGUGGUUUGCACAGAGAUUCAACGAGUGUGAAAGAACUUGGUGAAAAUGUCAGCUGUGUAGCUAUUUAAAAUGUAUUUACUCUUUUAAAGAAAAAUGUGGCAAAUGUAUUGCAGGAGAAGAAUAAAGAUGUCAAGACGAAGCGUU